ACAAAGGUCCUCAAGUCUCACCGAUUCAGAUCUUUAUUUCAACUGCCUCUUGUCUCUUUGUCUUUCCCUUUAAAUACCUUCCCACUAACACCGUUUUCAUCAUCAACCAUCCACUCACAAUCUCUCUCUUUCUCUUAAGAUCAAGAAACAAGAUCACUACUCGAUCCUCCAAAGAUGACAUUGAGCAAAGUUCACCAGCAAGUUAUUGCAUUUCCUGCAGCCAAGACUGCUCCGUUGCUUUACUUGCCUGACCCUGCAGCUUCCAUCAACAAGCUCCAAAUCCCAAAUUCUUCAAAGGUUUCUCUUUCAACAGAUAAGGGAAAAUCAAUCCUGCGAAAGAAGAAAACCGAUAGCUUCACAAACGGAGCUAGAGACCAGGACAAGUUAGGACCAAAGCUAACUGAAAAAGUAAAGAGAAAGCUAUCCUUGGGAGCUAAGAUCCUUCAAAUGGGAGGCUUAGAGAAGAUCUACAAGAGACUCUUCAAAGUCUGCGAUGAGGAGAAACUGUUCAACUCGUACCAAUGUUACCUAUCCACAACGGCAGGUCCCAUGGCAGGCCUACUCUUCAUCUCAUCAAAGAAGAUUGCAUUCUGCAGCGAGAGAUCGAUCAAGGUGGCUUCUCCUCAGGGAGAUCUCACUAGGGUUCAUUACAAAGUAUCAAUCCCCUUGUGCAAGAUCAAUGGAGUGAACCAGAGUCAGAACACAAAGAAGCCAUCUCAGAAGUACCUUGAAGUAGUCACGGUUGAUGGAUUUGACUUCUGGUUUAUGGGAUUCUUGAGCCACCAAAAAGCUUUCAACUGCCUCGAGCAAGCGCUUUCUCUGAGCUACGAGCAAUGAUAAGCCGCAAUGGUUUCCUCUGAUGAGGAGCUAUAAGUAGUGCGGGUUUUAGAUGAAAUAUUUCAUUUCACUUUAACCUCAGAUUAUGUUAGGAGAAAGCCUAGGAAAUACUUACAAUAUUGUACAAACUCAUUUGUUCUUGCUUUUAUCCCUUCUGUUCUCCAUCGUAGACAUGAGCAAAAGAUUUGAAUAUAUUUAGCUGAUCUCAUCUGUUUUCCUAA